AUGGGGCGGUUCUACGCUAUUUCCACUGCUGUUUUGGCGGCAAUGGGAUCGUUCUUGUUUGGUUAUGACAGUGGUGUUAUGACAGAUGUUAUUGACUCGUCUAACUUCUUGGGAUAUUUCCAUACAACGCAAACUUCGGUUAUCAUUGGGGCUAUCAACAGUAUCUAUUCGGGAGGAGCCGCGAUCGGAGCGCUACAAGGUGGAUUAACUGUGGAUCGUUUUGGUCGCAGACGUACCAUCCAAAUGGGAUCAUUGAUCUGCCUUGUCGGGGCAACUCUACAGGCGGCGGCUCAGAAUCUAUCUAUGAUUCUCGUGGGUCGUAUUUUGGCGGGUUGGGCUGUGGGCCUCCUGUCCAUGUCGGUGCCAGUUUAUCAGGCUGAGGUUGCACAUCCACGUUCUCGGGGUUUGAUUGUCGGGUUAUCGCAGCAAAUGAUUGGUAUUGGUUAUAUCGUGAGCACAUGGAUUGGAUACGGAUCUCUCCAUGCGCCAGAUACAAGUGAAUUCCAAUGGAGGUUUCCACUUGCUUUCCAGGUAGUGCCAGCUAUAAUACUCGGUAUCGGUAUGAUCUUUGUCCCCGAGUCCCCACGAUACCUCAUUGAGAAGAAUCAAUACGCCGAAGCAAGGCGGGUUCUUCGCAAACUGCACUACGAUGGAUCGAACGGCGGCUGGAUAGAACUCGAGUACAACAAUAUAUGCCAGGCAAUGGAGUCGGAGAAAUCGGUCGCAGCACCUGGCUGGCUGCCAAUGUUCACUGUUCCAAAAUGGCGUACUCGCAUGCUGCACGGUCUCGCUGUUCAAGUCUUCACCCAAAUGACGGGUAUCAACGUGAUCACAUAUUACCAGACGAUCAUGUAUAAGGCGCUUGGCAUCACCGGGAGUCGCAAUACCCUUGUCAUAGGGAUAUACAACUGUGUUGGCCCGUUAACCAACCUAAUAUUCGUGGUAUUUAUCCUCGACCGAGUCGGGCGACGCAAGCCCUUACUUUUCGGCACAGUCGGAAUCUCCAUUGCCCUUAUCUGUGAGGCAGUUCUGAACUCACAGAACCCAGACGGCCAACGGACCGGAUACAGUAUCGGCGGUGUAUUCUUUCUGGUGUACAUGGCUGAGGUUAUGCCGAUGCAGAUUCGCGGCAAGGGCAAUGCAUUCGCGGUCGGGAUUGGCAACUGGACGGUCGGUACAUUGUGGAAUCAGGUCUCACCCAUCGCAUUGGGCAAACUGCGUUGGCAAUACUACUUUGUUUUUGUGGCAUGGAGUGAGUUUCUAUGUUCCCCCCUUGACCCUGUGUGGAUCCCCCCUGCUGACAAGGCCUGCACUGUAGAUCUGUGCGUAUCGCUCCCGGUCAUCUAUUUGCUUUUUCAGGAAACCCAGCAGAAGAGCUUGGAGGAUAUCGAUUUGUUGUUUGAGCGACGGUCGCUAGAUGGCGUGCCAGAUAUGACAGACGAAGCAGUAGAACAGAUAGAGUCGGGAAAGAUAGGGGUGACCAGCAUGACCGUCGAGCAUGUUGGGGUCGGUUCCCGUCAAUAA